AUGGAUCUAAGAGAAAGCAUCCGCAACCAGAACGAAGUAGCUUUGGGACUGACCAAGAAGCUACUUCAGACUGAGGGCAAGGAAUCGAACCUGGUCUACUCGCCGCUGUCCAUCCACGUGGUGCUCAGCCUGAUCGCGGCCGGGUCGGAGGGUCCCACCCAGGACCAGCUCCUCUCCUUCCUCAGGGCCAAGUCCACAGAUUACCUCAACUCCUUCGCCGCCGAGCUCGUCUCCGUCAUCUUCUCCGACGGGUCCCCCAGCGGUGGGCCUCGCUUGUCAUUUGCGAAUGGCAUUUGGGUCGACAGGUCUCUCCCUCUCAAGCCUUCUUUCAAGCAGGUGGUGGAUACUGCUUACAAGGCAGCUCUCUCCCAAGUCGAUUUUCAGACCAAUGCUGCUGAAGUGACCUCUGGAGUGAAUUCAUGGGCUGAAAAGGAGACUAGUGGCCUUAUCAAGGAGAUACUUCCUCCCGGGGCAGUUGACAGCUCAACCAGGCUCAUCUUUGCAAAUGCAUUAUACUUCAAAGGAGCUUGGAACGAGAAGUUUGAUGCAUCAACAACAAAAGAGCAUGACUUCCACCUUCUCGACGGGAGCACAGUUAAGGCACCCUUCAUGACCAGCAAGAAGAAGCAGUUUGUAAGUUCCUACGAUGGUUUCACAGUCUUAGGGCUUCCUUACAAACAAGGUGAAGACAAGCGGCGUUUCUCCAUGCAUGUCUUUCUUCCAGAGGCAAAAGAUGGGCUGCCAUCUUUGGUCGAGAAACUCGGUUCUGAGUCCGGGUUUUUGGAUCGCCAUCUUCCCAAGCAACAAGUUGAAGUGGGUGAAUUCAAACUCCCGAAGUUUAAGAUCUCUUUCGGGUUUGAAGCUUCCAAUGUUCUGAAGGGUCUAGGAGUGGUGUUGCCUUUCAGUGCUGGAGGUUUGACAGGGAUGGUGGACUCUCCUGUUGGUCAGAACCUAUAUGUUUCCAACAUAUUCCACAAGUCCUUCAUUGAAGUGAAUGAGGAAGGAACGGAAGCUGCAGGUUCUUCUGCUGGUGUCAUAAACUCGAGGAAUCUGCCCAUAACCAUCGACUUUGUGGCUGAUCAUCCAUUCCUCUUCCUGAUCCGAGAAGAAUUGACUGGAACGGUCUUGUUCAUCGGUCAUGUUCUAAAUCCCCUUGCAGACUGA